CUAAUUCGGGCGGCUCUCUCCAAGGUCCACAGACGCCCCAGUCUUCUGGCAGCAGCUCGACAGCAGAGGUAGUAGGUGACCUGAAACCGCCGACACCUGCCACCACCCCGCUGGGACAAGUCACUCCACUGCCCCCCAACAGGAGCAGUGUGAGCGUGCAGGACCCCUUCUCGGAGGUGAGUGACCCGGCCUUUCAGAAGCGGGCUGCCAGCCUGCCCCCCUCAGCUCCCUACCAGCAGGGCCUCAGCAUGCCUGACAUGAUGAUGAGGAUGCAGUACGACGCCAAGGACCCCUUCGCAGGGAUGAGGAAGAUGGCAGGAGCUGAUCCUUACAUACCGAGCCAGAUGCCCAGCGGUGGGAUGCCAGAUAUGUAUGGUCGGCCACCGUCAGGCCUCAGCAUGAGUCAAAGAUCCCAGUAUCCAUACGGGUCAGGCUAUGACAGAAGACCCGAUCAUAUGAUGGGGAUGGAAGGGACCAUGGGCCCCCCAGGAAGUCAGAAUAACAUGGGACACUCCAACAGUGAAGGCAGCAUGUACUCUCCCAGCAGAUACCCGUCACAGCAGAGACAUGACGGUUACGGCCAGCAGUAUUCCAGCAUGCCAUACGGGAUGCAUCCAUCUGGGAUGUAUCCACAGCAACAGGGCUACAAACGGCAAAUGGAUGGACUGUACGGCCCGCCACCCAAGAGGCACGAGAGUGACAUGUACACCAUGCAGUACACCAACCAGCAGCCAGACAUGUACAAUCACUACGGUGGUGGGUACUCAGGACCUGAACACAGACCGAUCCAGGGACAGUUUCCCUACCCCUACCACCGCGACCGUAUGGCCCCAUCGGGCCAGAGCCAGCACAGUAUGAUGGGUGCGGGCCCCACUCCUAAUCAUGCUGCUGAUGGGCCCAACAUGUGGCCUUCAAGAACGGACCUUGGCUAUCCCUACCACAACAGACAAGGACCUCCAACGCAGAUGUCRUACGGCUCCAUCUGCAGAGACGACAUGGACGGUCGGGCCGGGCAGGACCAGUGGCACCGUCAGUCCCCCUACAUGUCAUCAUCUGGUGGUAUGCCCCCCUUGUCUUCACGCCAGCCACUGUCUUAUUCCAACUCCCCAUCCAUGACCAAUCAUCUGCCUAGAGCCCCCAGCCCAGGACCCUUCCAUCGCUCAAUGGACCCUCGAAUGUCCCCCAGUAAAGCCCCAUUUAUGUCACCCAUGAAGAUGCCUAAGCCUGGCCUGGGUAUGAUGGGCUCACAAAGCAGUGGACCCAUUGGUCAGUUUCCUCCAAACCUGAGGAGAGACCUCAAUUACCCCCCAGGGUCAGUGGAAGCCACCUUACCAGUUCUCAAGCCUCGACGCAAGCUCAACUCUAAGGAUUGUGGAACACCUGAAGCCUGGCGUGUGAUGAUGUCUCUAAAGUCUGGCCUGCUGGCGGAGAGCACCUGGGCUUUAGACACCAUCAACAUCCUGCUGUACGACGACAGCACCGUGGCCUCCUUCAACCUGUCCCAGUUGCCUGGAUUCCUCGAGUUAAUUGUGGAGUACUUCCGCCGGUGCCUGAUUGAGAUUUUUGGCAUCUUGGAAGAAUUUGAGGUGGGGACAAUAGCUCAUAAGAACUAUUUGGAUAUGAAUUCUGUUCAGACGGAACAGAAUCUCCCCACCCUUAAUCAGGAAACGGACCCUACUGCCCCAACUGGACCUGAGUCAACCCCAGCGGAAACACAGGAGGAGCAGACUGGAGGCACAGAGGAGAAGGCUCCACCCGCUGAGCCGGCUGAGGCGUGUGGCAAAAAGGAGGAUUUAGAUGUCGGUACGAAAAAGGAAGAGACAAAUAACAAAAAGGAAUCAUUAGAAGAGAGUGAAAGGGAAAGUAAAAAGGAGAGUUUGGACCAUCCUCCUGCUGAUUUGGGACCUAAACCUAAACAAGCCAGCAAGUACGAUAAACUCCCCAUAAAGAUUGUGCACAAAGACGACCUGAUGGAAGAUCUGACCGAGCGUUUGGGCUACAUCACCGAGUUUACCAGUGGGCUGCUGCACUGGCAGGCAGGUGGAGGCGACUCCACCACACACAUUCAGACGCACUUUGAGCCACAGAGUGAACCGCCUGUCAGGGAUGAAAAAAAGACGAAACACGAGGACAAACAGGAGGACAGGACGGACAAUCAGAAACUGCUGAAGCACAUUACCGCUACUAUCGAUGAUGUUUUGUGUGCCAGGGUGGACGCCCUCUCCCACGCCCACCCUGCUCGCUCCCUGCCAUCUUACCCGUUUAGGGUGCACCCAGACGGGAAGGAUGACCACAUCACCCUGCUGGAGGACGAGCCCCGCUGCCUGGAUGAGGCUCCGCUCUGCACCGCCUCCCCUUGUCAAGACUCGCUGUCCAAAAGGUGCCUCUGCGUGUCCAACAUCGUCCGGAGUCUGUCCUUCAUCCCCGGGAACGACAUGGAGAUGUCCCGCCACCCCGCGCUGGUUCUGCUUCUGGGCAGGCUGCUCCUGCUGCAACACGUGCACCCGGAGAGGAACAGGCUGGCCCCGGGCUUUCAGAGAGACGAGCAGCGGGAGCGGGAGCUGUCGAGCGGCAGAGACGAGUGGUGGUGGGAGUGUCUGAGUCUGCUCAGGGAGAACGCCAUGGUCACGCUCGCCAACAUCGCAGGUCACCUGGAUCUUUCCUCUUAUUCAGACACUAUUUGCCUUCCUAUCCUGGACGGCCUUCUCCACUGGAUGGUUUGCCCCUCAGCCGAGGCCCAGGACCCCUUCCCGUCAGCAGCACCGCACUCCCAGCUCACUCCCCAGAGGCUGGUCCUGGAGUGCCUCUGCAAGCUGAGCAUCCAGGACGGUAACGUAGACCUGCUGCUGGCCACCCCGCCUUUCAGCCGACAGGAGAAACUCUUCGCGGUCCUGGUGCGCUGCGUGGGUCAGAGGAAAGGCCAGGUGUACAGAGAGAUGGCCGUGGCCGUCCUCUCCCACCUGGCACAGGGAGACCCGACAGCGGCGCGCGCCAUCGCCUUGCAGAAGGGCAGCGUGGGUAAUUUGGUUGCCUUCUUGGAAGAUGGAGUCAGCAUGGCACAAUACCAGCAGAAUCCUCACAGCUUGCUGCACAUGGGACACCCCCCUAUGGACCCACCCAGCGUGAACAUGAUGUGCAGAGCAGCUAAAGGUCUGCUGGCCAUGGCUAAAGUGGAGGAGAACAAGUCAGAGUUCGUACUGUACGAGAGCAGAUUAUUAGACAUCUCCAUUUCCUCGGUGCUCAACACGGGAGUGGUGGCGAUUGUUUGCCAAGUUCUGUUUCACUUAGGGAAAUUAUGACAGAAGAAGAGGCGGAGCUAAGAUGGCAGAGGGCGGGUCACAAUGAUAUCCCUGUGGUUUUUUUAAUUUUAUUUAUUAAAAUGACAGAAAACGUUUGUGUUUUUUAAAAAGAAAAAAUCYGCAUUACGAAAAUUAACUCUCUCUMUAUAUAUAUGUAUAGCUUCUUGGCCCUGUUGAAAAACAAAUUGGGUUUGGGACUUGACAGCUCAUUUUAAUACAAAUAUUUAAUACUUGUAUGUGUUGGUUGGUUAUGUUUUAUGUUUUUGUUUUCUUUUUUUUUUCUUGUUUAUUUUACUUUUUCAGCCAAAGCUGCCAGCAGAUGUCGGUGCUGAAUUCCGUGGUUCUUUUUUGGGUUGAUGAGAUGUUUUCAGUUUUAUAAAUACGAAUAUGCUCAUCAACACUUUCUUAACGAAGCGUAUUUAUUUAAAACGUGACACUGUACAGUUGUUUGAACUUUUAUUUUGCCAACAGUUUGUGCGUGGGAGAAUGGGGGGCGUAAAUAAACUUAAAAAAAAAACAGACCUUUUAAACUGAAAUGUAUAUGUCUCCAUCGCUGGAAGAUAAAUUGUGCAAUAGGACCAGAGCAAGUUGUCCCUUUUGGAAACAGCAGGAUGUGAAGCUUCGUGUGUGUGUGUGUGUGCUUCAGGCCAGGAGGUGGCAGCAUUGCACCAGCCAAUCUACAAAACAGAAGAGCAUCUGUCAAGAAAUAAGUAUCUAAUUUAUCAAUCAUGGCCUCAUUGACUUUUACCGAUGAACUUUGUGUUUCUGGCACCAAURUAGUUUGUCUGUAUUUUUUGAUCACUGUGUAAAUAAACCUUUGUGCAAAGAAUGCACACAACUCUUUCAGUCUCCAUCAAGCAGGAGAUGUGACUUUGAGACUAUUAUAACAAAUGCUUUUAUUGAGGGUACAAUUUGGCAUUGUUAUUGUACAUAUUUUGUUAAUUGGGUCAGAUAUUUGAACAUGGCAGAUGAUGUUUCAAUGUAAAAAAAAAUACUAAUAAAUUCUUGUAUGCAUUGUAUUAUAGCUGAGAAAACAAUCGCUUUGGUAAUUAAAUGUGAAAGUGCCAGGGUGAGAAGAUAACUACAUGAGAAAACUGAACAUCUUUCCUUUUUGUUACAGUCCUACAUUCAUGUCAGCUGGCAUAUUUUUGAAUCCCUCUUACAGAAAACGUGUGAAAAGAACCUUCAGUGUCCUGAGAACCCAUUGUAAAAUCGGCCUUUUUCUUUUUUCUUUUUUUUUCGUACGACUCCUUGUCUUUUCUUCCGUAAAACACAUUUAUACUGUGUGCUGCACAUGUCACAAAUAAAUGUACAACGAACAUUGUUAAGCACUGGAGACGUUGCGUUAUGUCCUGACAAUCCUAGGCCAAUAAACAAACAUCAGUUGCUUA